GUUAAAAUGACUGGGGUUUUCCUUCCUUGCUGUCUAUAAAUCGAUAUGCAGCCCCCCACUACAUAUGCAGUAAGCUCAAGCCACCCGUCUGCAUCCGGUGCUGCACAUGGCUCGCUCCGCUCUGCAUCCGGUGGCCUUGGUGGUGGCAACGACGGUGGUGCUACUGGCGGCCGCACCCCGUGGCGGCGAGGCUAUAACCUGCUCCCAGGUGUACGGGGACCUUAUAUCGUGCGUGGGGUACCUGCAGGGCGGCCCAAUCAAGCAGCAGUGCUGUAGCGGGAUCAAGUCGUUGAUAGCGGCGGCGCGGACGACGCAGGACCGCCGCACCGCGUGCGGGUGCAUCAAGACGGCCGCUGCGGGUCUGUCGGGGAUCGACUACGGGCGGGUCAGCCAACUGCCCGGCCAGUGCGGCAUCUCCGUUUCUUACAAGAUCAGCCCCAACGUGGACUGCUCCAAGAUAAACUGAGAGACCAAAGGUUGGAAGCCAUCGGGCCUGUGUUUUUCUCGUUUAUGCGCGAGAGAAGAAAAACAAGGAGCGGUGCUCCUCCAUCCCAUCCCAACCAAUAAAGACCCUUUGUUUCUUCAGUGCCGUGUGCUGGUCCUCUCGAGUCGGACGUGUACUUAUGAAGCAAGCUAUUUAGGGUGUUGAACUCUGUGGUGCUUAAUAAUGGUGAAUUAUAUGAACAUCAAUACGUGUUCUUUUCUUUA